GGGUUUCGGGAUCCACGCGGGGAAGAGUUCCUUCGCCAGCGCGCCGAAAGGGGUCGACCAACGGUAGCCUACUUUAGUCUGCUUCUUGCCCUCCUGUCUGCUAGCCCGUUCAAUCCUCCUCACCUAGCAUGACAACAAUGUGUCAACCCUACUUCCUAUCAAUGACAUGGCGAACGAGGGAGCAGACCCCAAACUCGGCGAAGGCCCGCGGGCCAUGGCCAUCUUAGUGCCAUUGUUCGCGCUCGCGCUUGCCGUCUACGCCCUGCGCAUCUGGACCAGAGCUAGGCCAAAGUACCGCCUCAACGCGUCGGACUAUACCGUGUCGAUUGCUGUCCUAGCCGAGACGAUCGUGCUCGUCCUGACGGCCGUCGCCGUGGCACGUGGCUACGGGCUGCCCAAGAAGCUGCUUUCACCCGACAACGCCGAGACCGUGGGCCGGACCACCUUUGCCGUGUACAUGAUUGCGCUGUGGGCAGCGGCAUUCGCGCGCAUUUCCGUCUCGUGCCUGCUGCUCAACAUUGCCCAGGAACGGGCUUGGAGGAUCGUGCUCUGGGGCUUCAUCGUCAUCCAGGCCCUCACCCUCGCCGCCUUCGACAUCAUUGAGCUGGUCCAAUGCAGCCCCAUCCGUGCCAUGUGGGCUGUCGUCCCCAACGCGCGCUGCCUGAACCCGGACAAAGUGUGGAUCGUCGUCUGUUUUUUUGCAGGCAUCGGCACAGCGGGCGACGUCGUGUGCGCAGUCCUGCCCAUGCUCAUCAUCUGGCGCAUGAGCCGCUCCGUGGUCGAAAAGAUCCUCGUGUCCAUCCUGCUGGGACUGGGCCUGCUGGCUGGCAUCGGCGGCGUGCAGAAGUUGGUCAUCUUGAAGUCGUGGGAUCCGUUCUCGCCCAACGCAAACCGCGACAUAAUGAACGCAUUCAUUUGGAUCCGCGUCGAGGAGAUCACGCUUAUCAUCGGGGCGUGCGCCCCGCCGCUCAAGUCCUUCAUCGAGCGACUCCUCCACCGUCGAUUUGGCUUUCCCCAAUUUGACCCAGCAGAAAGGGGGUUGGACGAGGUGUAUACAAUGCCCGACUCGUCGUCUAAGCCACAGCGCCUUCUGUGGGAUGGAAGCUUUCAGGGGUCGACGUCCGCCGCAUCAUCGGCGAGAUAGUCGUGGGAUAUAGCAUAGUCGGACUGGUGCUGUCAAGCACCCACCCAUUCUUGUUCGUUUCUUGUAUUGUUAUGGGUUUUACAAGGUAUUAUGGAGCGGGUAUAGGGUAUUAUGGAGCGGGGGACAUUACGGUCAUUUUACGGUACUGGUAAUCAUUGUUGGAUUCGUCUGUAUUUCAUGAAGAAAGUAUGCGAGGGCAAGUAGGGAAUGCAUGUGUGUGUGUUGCUUUCUAUGGAAGCUAAGCUAUCUACGCGUGGGCGGAGAAUCUAUGUGCGUGGGAUAGGCUGGAUCUGCAGGGGCCAACCAGUGCCCCGGGCUAGGCCUGGGCCUAGCACAGAAAGUGUUUUCGGACUGUAUUAGGGAAAAGUUAUAUUUGCACACUGCGCGAAGACACUAUCCCAUUAAACAUCGGAUUUUUAUAUCGAGAAGGGACUCUUGGCUAUAUAGUUAAAAUUGAAAAUAGUCAGGAUGAGGCCAAUUAUGAAACAAC